AUGCCGCCCAAGCGUUCCAAGCCGGGUGAUGUGGCCGUGGACAAGAGGCCACCAGGGCUUUUAGACGCAACGGUACAACUCGCUUCUUCCGUCAACGCGCCUUCGGGGAUGCGCAUCGGUCACAUCUCAUUUAUUCACCCUGCAAAUGGCCACCUGUGCGUUGUCGGUGGGUGUGAUGUGUCGUCUCUGCCGAAGGCACUUACUCUGCCCCACGAAGAUAAGUCCGCACUAACCAUGCCCUUUCUAGAGUCAUGGAACACUGAAGAGCAGAUGUGGAUUGCGCAACGUGACGAAGAGGAAGAGGAGGCACAACGUCUACACGAAUCAGCUGACAAGGACUCUGUUGGGGAAGGUUCUGAAAGUGCUGGAAGUAGCGAUGGCCAAUCACCGGUAGAGACUUGCGCCACCUUCCCAAGUAAUGGGCUUCAGGAUCUUACAUGGCCGACGUUGGCGGGAAUUGCCCUACAGUGGAAGACGCAGCAUGAGGAACCGGCAGUGAAGAACCCGCCAGUGAUUCAGCCCGCAGGUACGUUAAUGGAACUAAUCGAAAGGAACAAACGGGAUCCUAAAAAAGAAAAGGCAGAGGAUAGGGAAAGCGCGGAGGCACCGCACGCAGCCUCUGCGCGAGCUUCUGCAAAAGCCCCAGUAGUGUUAUUUGUCGGUGGGUGGAAAGACUCCAAGUAUGCCCACCGCAGCAAAAGCAUUGAUCUGGGCACUGGGUCCGUUGCCUAUAUUAAGAGUUUGCCGUCGUCACCUGUGAUGGCCUCGUCGUGCUCAACUGCAACCGUUGUCAAGAACCUUGUGUAUGUUUUCGGCGGUAAUAAUAGCGCGGGGUGCACGUCUUCGAUGGAAAAGGCAGAUCUUACAACGAACAGAUGGAUCGAACGAGGGGUGUCAACAAAAAAUGAGACAGGGGGUUCAAAACCCCAUCCCCGCUCCUCUCAUGUUGCCGGUUUGCUACUGGAGCGGUACAUUGUUGUGUACGGAGGUCGACAGGCGCGAGUUAAUACGGAAACCUCGCAUGGAAAAGCCAAGAAGGCCUCGAAGGUGGAUCCCAGGGCUUCCAUAGUGAUUCCAAGUAUGGAAUUUGAGUUCUGUAAUGACGUUGCUGUGUACGACGUGGAGAACGAGAAAUGGGUAGUCACUUCAGCAGUCGUGAAUAAUAUGGGGCCGGCGCCGAGGUAUGGGCAUGCUGCGUGUGUGCUUAGCCCGUGCGAGCUCUUUGUCCACGGUGGGAUUGGGGCUGGUGGUCAGAUUCUGUCGGAUGCGUGGAUUAUUCAGCUGGAAGAAGAUGCACACGGCGUUGCCCUCUCAUGGGUGAAGAUUAGGACAAGCGACACCAAUGAGGUCCACACUCCAAGCCGUUGCCUUCACUCACUGGCGGUGGGGAAGGGCAGGCGGGUGUACGUCACGGGUGGGCUUUCGCCGGGAGAAGACGUGGUGGAUGUGUGCAUGAUUGACGUGAAAGGUCUUGCGGAUGUUGUCCCUGGUCAGCCAGUGGGACGCAAGGGGGAGCGCUUGCCGACAUCCGCCAAACGCACAGCUUCAAAAUUGAAAUAG